AUGCCUGACGUCGAGAUGGGCAACUCUGCCACUGAUGUGGCUUCCAACAAGCCUGAGAGACUCCCUAUUACCGUCUCCAAGCCUUCACCCUACACCUUCGACCUGGGCAACCUGAUGGUCAACGACCCGAACCCACUGGACCUGCCCCAAGGCGAGCACAUCAACGACUCCCUCAAGGCGAUCGCCCGCGACGGCGCCCAGGUCCUACUCAACCAACUCCUGACAACAUGCAACAUCACCUCGUCCGCGCAAAACGGCGUCCUCCUCAACCUCCCCGCCGCGGCCACCGCCGUGCCCCGGCACAAGCCCCUGCCCACCCCCAAGCCCCCGACCAAGUGGGAGCUGUUCGCCCGCAAGAAGGGCAUCGGCAAGUUCAGCCAGCGCCCCGGAGCCGCGCUGGCCGACAAGGAGCGUCGCAAGAAGCUAGUCUACGACGAGGCGUCUGGCGAGUGGGUGCCGCGCUGGGGUUACAAGGGCAAGAACAAGCCCGAGGAUAACCAGUGGGCUGUUGAGGUUAAGGAGGAGGAUUGGAAGAAGGAGGAGGCUGCUGCUGCUAAGGGUAGCUCGAUUCGUGGAAUGAACCGGGCUGAGCGCAAGGAGCGCAUUAAGAGGAAUGAGCGGAAGGAGCGGGCUAAUGAGCGGCGGUCGAGGAAGCCUGGUAGUGGUUAA